UACACAACCACUUGCUUCACACAACCAAGACAAGUAAACAGCAGCACUAGUAGAUUUCCCGAGUGACAAGUUCAGCGCAACAUGGAGCACCAGGGACACGGCACCGGCGAGAAGAAGGGCAUCAUGGAGAACAUCAAGGAGAAGCUCCCCGGUGGCCAAGGUGACCACCAGCAGACCGCUGGCACCCACGGGCAGCAUGGACACACUGGAAUGACAGGCACGGAGAUGCAUGACACCACGGCCACCGGCGGCACCCAUGGGCAGCAGGGGCUUACCGGAACGACUGGCACUGGGACACACGGCACCGGUGAGAAGAAGAGCCUCAUGGACAAGGUGAAGGAGAAGCUGCCUGGACAGCACUAAGCUCGGUCUGCCCACGGCCGCCACCUUUGCAGAAUAAUACUCCACCGUAUAUGAAUUGAUCGAGUCUAGUUCACCUAGCUCACUUGGUCGUUGGAGGAGCAAAUGUAUCUCUGGUUUAAGUUUUCACGGACAACAGUGUGUUCACAGUUUUCGUCUA